CUUUGCGAUGGUCUGACAAGUGGAUCCAAGAUGGCGUAGAAAGUAAAGCUAGACGUUUUGUCCCUGAGUCAUGGCGGACAGGAGAGCGGAGAAGUCAUGUGAAGAAGCCAGCAGAUCGUUAGCCAGGCGGGAGUACGAGGCGGCUGUCAGCCACAGCACGGACGCCCUGGUGGUCCUUGCACCCCAAGCCCCAUCAUCCGGUGCCCCUGUCCCGCCGAGCCCACCAGCCCUUGUUGCUGCCGCCGGACCCCUCCGAAGCCGUGCCCUGCUCUACCGAAUUGCUGCCUUCUUGCAGCUGAAAAACUAUGAUGAAGCAGAUGAAGACUGUAAACAUGUACUGGCAGAAGAGAUUGCCAGGGGAGAUGGUUCGCUUCAGGCCAGCUUGCGCUCCAUGCUGUUGGAUGGCAGCCUGCAGGAGGUGGCCAGCAUCCUCUCUAAAGCCUUGUAUGGAGAGCCAAUGAAUGGCAUCGUUGCAAAAGACCUUACCAGAUUAAAAAUGCUCUUGUCAGAAAUAGAGGCUAUAAAUAGAGAAAUGGCACCAGAAUACACAGAUGACCAGGAGGAAGAGGUCCAAGAUGGCUGGCAGUUCCGGCCUCCUCCCCGAGGAGUCACCAGCAGUGAGGAGUACACCCUCUGUAAAAGGUACUUGGAGCAGGGCCUAUGUCGGUAUGGGGCCCAGUGUACAUCAGCCCACUCUCAGGAGGAGCUGAUGGAGUGGCAGAAGCGCUAUGCCUCACGGCUCAUCCGCCUGAAACAGCAGCAGGAGAGCAAACACUUCACCGAGAACUACAUGGAGACCCUGAUAGAGAAGUGGAUGAAUUCCCUCUCCCCAGAGAAAGUGCUAAGUGACUACUUAGAAGGAGUGAAUGUAGAAACCAGCUCCAGCCUGUCUGUUACCGUAACCACAAAAAAAUCUUCUCACUCCUGGACCUUCUCCUUGUUGUGCAAGCCGGCUAGAAAGCUGUACCGCAUCGCCCUGCUCUAUGAUGCCCACCGGCCACACUUCUUCCUCACAGGGGUGUCAGCUGGGGAGCGGCUGCAAGCCCUCCCUAAAGGCUGCCAAGAGUGGACUCCAGGAGCGGAAACAGGAGUGGCAGCAGACAACGGCCUGGACCACUGUGUCUACAAGGUAGCAGUGGGCUUCAGCACAGAAAUCUUUGGUACCUUCCGACAGACCGUUGUUUUUGACUUCGGCUCAGAACCUGUGCUGAUGCAGCGGAUCAUGGUGGAUGCUGCCUCAAUUGAAGACCUGGAACACCUGAUGGCAGCCAGGCAGCAGCUCUUGAUCACUGCAAAGCGCUGGGACUCGUCCUGCAAGACCAUCGUAGAAUUCUGUCCCAAUGAAACGAUGGCAGAAUUGGAGCGAAGUCUCCUUUCUCGCUAUCAGAUCCCUCUGUCUGCCGACCAGCUCUUCACCCAGUCAGUCCUGGACAAGACUCUGACCAAAGACAACUACCAGGCCCGCCUGCAUGACCUGCUCUACAUAGAAGAGAUUGCACAAUACAAGGAAGUUAGCAAGUUUAACAUCAAAGUGAAUCUCCAGCUCGUCACCAGCUUCAUGCUGACAGGCAUUUCUGUUGGAGCUAAGUAUGCCCAGAACGGACAGCUCUUUGCACGCUUCAAACUCACUGAAACGCUUUCUGAGGACACAUUGGCGGGACGGCUAGUGAUGACCAAGGUAAAUUCAGUCCUGCUGCUGCCGUUGGGCCGUGAGGGGUUCAGCAGCCAGCCGCCUCCUGGGGUCAAAGAGCGUGUUUACGAGGCUGUGAUUGAGGAGAAGACCAAGGACUACAUCUUCCUAAGGAUCUGCAAGGACUGCUGUGACGAGCUGGGGCUGCUGCCUGACAGAGAAUUACAGGUGGAGCUCCAGUUUCAGCUGAACAGACAGCCACUCUGUGAGAUGCACUAUGCCCUGGAUCGCAUCAAAGAUAACACCAUCCUUUUCCCUGACAUUGGCCUUGUCCCCACCAUCCCCUGGAGCCCUAACAGGCAAUGGGACGAACAGCUGGAUCCCCGUCUGAAUGCCAAGCAGAAAGAGGCCAUCCUAGCCAUCACCACACCCCUCACCAUUCCGCUGCCCCCAAUCCUCAUCAUUGGGCCCUACGGCACCGGCAAGACCUUCACCCUGGCUCAGGCUGUCAAGCACAUCCUCCGCCAGGAUCACAGCAGGGUCCUGAUCUGCACCCAUUCCAACAGUGCGGCCGACCUUUACAUUAAGGACUACCUUCAUCCUUACGUCGAAGCAGGCAAUCCACAUGCCAGACCUCUCAGGGUAUACUUCAGGAACCGCUGGGUGAAGACGGUCCACCCAGUGGUCCAGCAGUACUGUCUCAUCUCCAGCACACACAUCACUUUCCAGAUGCCCACAAGGGAGGACGUCCUCAGGCACCGUGUGGUGGUGGUCACCCUCAGCACCUCCCAAUACCUCUGCCAGCUUGACUUGGAGCCCGGAUUCUUCACUCAUAUCCUGUUGGAUGAAGCAGCCCAGGCCAUGGAGUGUGAAACCAUCAUGCCUUUUGCUCUAGCUAGCAAGACCACGCGCAUUGUGCUGGCUGGAGACCAUAUGCAGCUCAGUCCAUUUGUGUACAGCGAGUUUGCACGGGAGCGCAACCUGCAUGUGUCACUGCUGGACCGGCUGUAUGAGCACUACCCCCCUGAAUACCCUUGUCGCAUCCUCCUGUGUGAGAACUACCGCUCUCAUGAAGCUAUCAUCAACUACACGUCAGAACUAUUUUAUGAUGGGAAGUUGAUGGCAAGUGGGAAGCAGCCCUCCCACAAGGACUUCUACCCUCUGACCUUUUUCACAGCCAGAGGAGAAGAUGUCCAAGAGAAGAACAGCACUGCCUACUACAACAACGCAGAGGUAUUUGAGAUUGUGGAGCGGGUGGAGGAGUUGCGCAAGAAGUGGCCAGUGGCGUGGGGCAAGCUGGACGACGGCAGCAUUGGAGUGGUGUCGCCAUACGCAGACCAGGUGUUCCGCAUUCGUGCUGAGCUCCGAAAAAAGAGGAUGCACGAGGUCAGCGUGGAAAGAGUGCUCAAUGUCCAAGGUAAACAGUUCCGGGUGCUGUUUCUCAGCACAGUGCGGACACGACAUACCUGCAAACACAAGCAGACGGCCAUCAAACGUAAAGAGCAGCUGGUUGAGGACUCAACGGAGGACCUCGACUAUGGAUUCCUCUCAAACUACAAGCUACUCAACACGGCCAUCACCAGAGCCCAGUCCCUGGUUGCAGUUGUGGGAGACCCCAUAGCACUGUGCUCUGUGGGGCGCUGCAGAAAAUUCUGGGAGCACUUUAUCUCCAUCUGCCACGAAAACUCGAGCCUACAUGGCAUCACCUUUGAGCAGAUCAAGUCUCAGCUGGAGGCCCUGGAGCUCAAGAAGACCUAUGUUCUCAACCCGCUGGCACCAGAGUUCAUCCCCCGUGCCCUCAGGCCGAUGCAAGGACACCACUCUUCAUCGCAGGCCCUCCACCCUCACCAUCAUCCACAUCCUCAGCACGCACAGCCCGCCUCCAACAAGCAGGGUCCACAGCAGCAGCAGCAGCAACAGCAGCAGCAGUCACCCCCUAAGGGGAAACAUGCAAACCACACAGAGCACCUUCCACCUGAAGGAUAUGUCCAACCCAACCCAGCUGUGCUGAUGGGAAACCCUAUUCGGGCAUUCACACCCCCCCUGGGCGGCACACCUGCUGGCAUGGGCAAGUCACCCAGUCCAGUUCAGAGGAUAGAUCCUCAUACAGGCGCCAGUAUCCUCUACGUCCCAGCCGUGUAUGGUGGAAACAUGGUCAUGUCCAUGCCCCUGCCUUUGCCAUGGCCAGGUUACCAGAAUCGCUUUGCUGUGGAUCCUCGCAUCAUGAGCCACCCAGCAGCCAUGGCCUACAACUUCAAUCUGUUGCAGGCCCAGAAUCGAGGCUCCCCCAUCCCUUACAGUGGGGUGGCCCACCCCUCUCCUCUAGGAAUGGGUCAGCCCAGCCCUGACAAGGAGCUACAGGCAGACCCCAUCAGAAAUGGUAAAUUAGAAGGAUGUCCAAAGUCAGAACAGAGCCGCCUUCAGACACCAGAGAGGAAAACUGCAGACAUGAAGGAAAAACAGGGAGAUUUAGACACAGGCCAAAGUCGAAGUCUAGACUCGCAGUCAGACGGGCUAGUUGGAUUUCCCAAUGCGCUACUCCAUCGAAAAGAUCCCUCAGCUGCCCAAAGACCCCUCAACUACCACCUGGCACCACCCAACCCAGCUUUUCCUCCACAUCCUGCCAGUGGCAGAGCCUUCCCCCCUCAGUAUCCAGUCUCCAGGCUUCCUUAUCGGGUCAGCCAGCCUCAGCACCCAGGCAUGGCUCAACAGAGUCAACAGCAGCAGCAACAGCUCAGCCCUGCCUACACUGCUGGUAGCCACAGCGCUUCCUUCUUCAGUGGCCCCAUACCCGCUCACAGAGCUGUCCAGUCUCCCACUUUGGACGGGCCGGAGCCUGGAGGGGUGGAGGAGAUGAGUAGCUCCAUUAGGACUCCAUUGGGCCACCCAGGAGGCCACCACCCAGGUCUGUCACAGCAUAACAGGGUCAAUAGCUUUGGGGAAGACGCACAGGAGGGAAGCUUGGGAGACAGUUUAGACCUCCAGGGUCCCCUGGCUCUAGAGGCCCUGAGCCAGCAACAGCAGCAGCAGCAAGCAGCCAGACUGGGUCAGUGGGGGGAAGCAGCAGGGCCUUUUCUUCAGGGCAGCGUCGCCUUCCCUCUGCCCCAACAGCUUGCUCACCUUGCUCAGCCCGGCAUGGCUCGCUUCCCCCAUCAGCUGCUACGAGCAGCUAAUUGGGGUCUUAGUGCCAACAUAGAGGAUGAAGCUGUUACUUCUGCCUCCACUGGGCCACCUUUCACCAGGUACCCGGGCCUCUUGAGAGAAAUGCCCUCCCAGGAACAGCCUGAACCCCGGGAAGCAGCUGAGAUGCAGCCCCCACCCCAAUCUCGUCUCCUUCAGUACCGCCAGUCCCAGUCCCGUACCUCAGGUG